AAGAAGGAGAAGAAGAUGAUGAAAAAGAAAAGGCAGUUGGCUCUGGUUCUCGCCAUGGUGAACAUGUGCACGUCUCGAUGAGAGACGCCACCGUUUCUUCUAUUUCUCCACACAACUUCAGACGAACUGAAAGGGAAAAAAACAACACAACAACAACAAAAUGGAGGCGACAGAGUUGUACGCCCCAAACUAUCACCGAAAACAGUUGAAAGUGCACGACAACAGCAGUGUGGGAGCAGCCUGUCCCGAUCAAACGACGACAACAACCGAGGAAGAAGACGAGUUGUUGUUGCUGCAACAACAACAAGAUGACAGGACCCACAUCAGUCGGCUCUACCCAGAGAUCCUGGCCAUCAUUUUCGGCAUGUUGGAAGUGAGGGAUCGCGGGCGGGCGGCCCAGGUUUGCCAGACGUGGAAGGAGGCGGCCUAUCACCGCUCGGUUUGGCGAUCCUGCGAGCCGAAAUUGCAUUUGAGACGGGCCAAUCCGUCACUGUUUCCCAGUCUGGUCCGCCGGGGCAUCCGCCGAGUGCAGAUCCUCUCGCUGAGGAGGAGCCUCAGGGACGUGACGCAGGGACUGCCCAACAUCGAGUCCCUGGACUUGAGCGGCUGCUUCAACGUCACAGACAUUGGCAUCGCUCACGCCUUGACGGCCGACGUGCCCACCCUGAAACGGCUCAAUUUGAGUCUCUGCAAGCAGAUCACCGACUCGAGUCUCAGCAAAUUGGCCCAGUACUGCCGACAGCUCCAGGAGCUCGACCUGGGCGGAUGUUGCAAUGUCACCAAUGCGGGUCUUUUGCUCAUCGCCUGGGGUCUCAAAUCCCUCAAGAGCCUCAACUUGAGAUCCUGCUGGCACGUUUCCGAUCUCGGCAUCGCCAGUCUGGCCGGACUCGGCUCAGACGCUGAAGGCAAUUUGGCCCUCGAACACCUCGGACUUCAGGAUUGUCAGAAAUUGACUGAUGAUGCGUUAAUGCACGUCUCGACUGGUCUGAAACAACUCAAAUCCAUCAACUUGAGUUUCUGCCUGUCCAUCAGCGACAGCGGGCUCAAGUAUUUGGCCAAAAUGCCGUCACUGGCCGAGUUGAACCUACGAUCCUGCGACAACAUUUCCGACGUCGGAAUGGCCUACCUGGCCGAAGGAGGAUCGAGGAUCACAUCCCUGGACGUUUCGUUCUGCGACAGGAUCGACGACCAGGCCGUCGUUCAUGUAGCCCAGGGACUGGUCCAUUUAAAGCAAUUAUCUUUGAGCGCCUGUCACGUUUCGGAUGAGGGUCUCAUCCGGGUGGCCCUGUCACUCCUCGACCUCCAGACGCUCAACAUUGGCCAGUGCAGCCGCAUUACGGAUCGGUCCAUCCAGGCCGUCGCCGAUCAUUUACGCAAAUUGCGAUGCAUAGAUCUCUACGGGUGCACGAAAAUCACCACUUCCGGAUUGGAAAAAAUCAUGAAACUUCCAGAGCUCAGCGUCCUCAACCUCGGACUGUGGCACAUUCGAUGACAAUUUGGCCAAUUUUUUUGGAAAUUUUAGGAACGAAAACAAAAAUUAUUUUGAUGCAUUUCCAUUCGAGUUGGAAAUGCUUUAUGUGAUACCAGGAAAACAAAAUGGGGGAUAAGACAAAAUUCGGUCGAUUUAGUUUUUUUUUUAGUUUUUUUAAAAACUAUUUUAAAUCCCCUUCUCCCAGACUUUAUACGACUAAAUUUCCCUCUCUAUUUUUUCCAAAAUUUCACGCCAUUUUUUGCUGAUUGCGGGAAAACAACAACAAAAUAGUGCGAGUGAGACACGGCCAACUAUUUACCACGUGAUAAUGAUAAUGGGUAAUAAUUAAUUAAUUAUUUUUGGUGGGACGUCUGGGAGAGGAUCAAUUGAAUCGUUUUUUUUUUUAUUAUUACUAUUAUUAAUUUUGAACUAUUUUUUUAUUUUGUUUCUUCGAUUGUCCUGUUUUUUUUUCGUGCUCGUUUCAAAUUUUUGGUCAACUUUUCCUGAUUGCAAUGAAAAGAAAACUGUUUUUGAUUUUUUUCUCACCGAUUCGAAAAAAAAUUGGAAAAACAAGAAAUUGUUUCGCUCAAGAGAGAAAAUAGGCAAAUAUGAAAUCUAAAAAUAAUAAUGAAAAACAAACAAAAAAAACAAACGGUAUAAAUAAAACAAUCGACUUCUUAUCCAGUAGAGACGAAAUAUAUUUCACCUGUCAUUCGAAA